GCGACUUAUAGCGGGACUGCAGUGGGCAUUCUGACACUGGGGGGAACUGACUUGGUGUCACUGACAUCCCUAGUGACACCAAUACAGUGAUCAGUGCUAAAAAAACAUUGACACUGUACUAAUGACGCUAGGCAGGAAGGGGUUAACAUGUGGGGCGAUCAAAGGGUUAACUGUGUGCUCUGUGUCUGUGCUUUCAACUGUAAGCACACUGCUUUGCAUGGCUCUGCUAUGCAGAGUUAUACAAAGCAGUGUGCAGGAGCUGACAGGGGAGAGAACUGUAUUGUUUACAUACAGUUCUCUCCCCCGUCGGUAAUGCUCCGCGAUCA